AUGGUGCCAGUGGAGAGGGGCAAGGCAGUGUCCCUGAGCAUGCGCAUUGUGGCCUCAACUCCCUGCGCCCUUUCCACCUGCCAUGCGCUGCCUGACUUGCCUGACCUGACCCAUGUCACGUGUUGCUCCACCACGUGUGCAGUGCCGGUGGAGCGAGGCAAGGCAGUGUCGCUGAAAACCCUCAUGGCGGAGGACACUCCCUUCAGGAGACGCGUGGAGAGGGAUGCAAUGCUGCUGCAAUGCGUGGAGCUGGGGCAGCUGUUGGAGGGCACGAACCGCUCCUUUGGUGUGCAUGCAGCCGGUAUCAUCAUCUCGCCCGCCUGCUUCCCACUCUCCCAGGUGGUGCCAGUACAGCACGCGCCUGGCAACCCCUCCGCCCUGGUCAGCCAAUACGCCAUGGAUGAUGUGGAACGACUGGGUCUGCUCAAGUUUGACAUCCUAGGCCUCCGCAACCUCACCACGGUCCACCUCGCGCGCCUGCUCGCCCAGCGCACCUACGGUGUGACCCUCCCUGCGAUUGAAAAGCUUCCAGUGGAGAACCGCGCUACGUUUGAGCUGCUGUCAGGGGGCGACGUGGACGGGGUGUUUCAGCUGGAGGCGUCUCCAGGGAUGAAGAAGGUGGUCAGGGCGCUCAAGCCCUCGUGCCUCGCGGACAUCUUUGCUAUCGUCGCUCUUUAUCGCCCCGGGGCGCUCAAGCCGUCCAGUCUCGCGGAUAUCUUUGCCAUCGUCGCCCUCUACCGGCCUGGGGUGUUCGAGCUGGAGGCGUCUCCUGGCAUGAAGAAGGUUGUUUAUGCGCUCAAGCCAUCGUGCCUCGCGGAUAUCUUUGCCAUCGUUGCUCUUUACCGCCCUGGCCCUCUGGAUGCGGGCCUAGUCGAUCGAUACAUCAACCGCAAGCACGGACGGGAACCUGUGUCUUUCCAGACCCCCAAGCUGGAGCCCAUCCUGAAGGAGACAUACGGAGUGCUGCUGUACCAGGAGCAGAUCAUGCGCAUGGCACGGGACCUGGCGGGGUACUCCCUGGGGCAGGCGGACAUGCUGAGGCGGGCCAUGGGGAAGAAGAAGCAGGAGGAGAUGGUUGCGCACCACGAGCGGUUUGUGGAAGGGGCUGUGGAGCGAGGGGUUGAAAGAGCCGUGGCGGAGGAUUUGUUCGAACAGAUGGUGAAAUUCUCGCAGUACUGUUUCAACAAGUCCCACAGUGCAGCGUACGGGUAUCUCACAUACGUGACGGCCUUUCUCAAGGCCAACUAUCCUCUGCCCUACAUGGCCGCCCUUCUCUCUACCUCAAUGCUCGAACCCCCCACCCUUCGCCGCUACGUCAACUCCUGCCGUGCUGCUCACAUUAAUAUCCUUCCGCCGUCGGUCAACGCAUCGGCUUAUGAUUUCUCUGUGGAGCUUCUUAAAACGGGGAUGGAGGGGGGGGAGGAGCGGGAGGAGGGUUUUGGACAGGUGUCGCCGUCGGGCCCUGCCACGUCAGCUGCGGACGGCGGGAUUCGGUUUGGGCUGGCGGGCAUUCGGGACGUCAGCAGGGCGGCGGCGGAGGAGAUCAUCGGGAAGCGGGAGGCGGGCGGCAGGUUUGUCAGUAUUCAGGACCUGGUUGACCGCAUUGACUUGGGCAUGUGGAAGAGACCCACUAUACAUGCCCUUGCCCACUCAGGCGCUCUGGAUUGCUUAAUCCUGAGGGAAGGAGAUGGAGGAGGAGGGGGGUACAGGGGAGGAGAGGGAGGAAGGGUUGGGAGUGAGGGAGUGAUGGGAGAAGUGGGAGAGGGUGACGGGGUGAGAGGGGGAGCGAGAGAGGCGGAGGGGGUGGAAGGAGGAGAGAGAGGGGGGGAUGUGGGAGAGGAGGUGUAUGUGGAUAGGAAAGGGUUGGCGGAGCUGCUAGAAGGGCUGGUGAAGGGGCGAAAGGAGAGGAUCAAAGCAGAGAUUAAGGCUGUUGCCAGGCGGGAGAGAGAGCUGGUGAUGCAGCAGCGGCGAGAGGAGAAGCAGCGGGAGAAGGCUGCAAAGGAGUUGCAGAGGCAACAGGAGAGGCAGGCCCGGGAGGAGAAGAAGGAGCGGGAGAGAGUGGAGAGGGAGAGGAAGAGAGAGCAGCAGAGGAUUGAGAGGGAGCAGAAGAAGCUGCUGCAGGGGAAGGGGAGAGCGAGCAAGGUGGAGGCUGCUGUGGUGUUGGCAGCACUCAUCCUGCGACGGCCCCUGCAGGAGGAGGAGAUGGUGGAGAGGCUAGCACAGGAGAAAGCCCUGCUAGGCUUCUACGUCACACAACACCCCGUGGAGGCACUCCUCCCCUCCCUCCCCACGUGGCUCUCUCUCACGCCCCUCGCCUCCUGCGCCCACGUGGGCUUGACUAAGGCUCUGGAAGACAGUGCAGCUGCUUCUGCGGCGGCGAAAGGUGGCGGGAGGAGAGGGAAGGGCGGUGGUGGGAGGGUAAAGGGUGGGAAGGACGGGCCGUCGGUUGCGGUGGUGGCGAUGGUAGAGGCAGUGAAUGUGCGCAUGACUAAGAAUAGUAACAAGCAGAUGGCGAAUCUCCAGUUGGAUGAUGGGACGGGGCAGCUUGAGGCUGUGGUGUUCCCGGACGUGUUUGCCAGGUACGGGUCGAGCCUGAGCAAGGGUGCGACGGUGCUGGCGUGGUGUACUGUUGAUGUGGAGUUGGAUGAUUCGCCUGCCGCUGCUGGGAGCGGUGAUAGCAGCAGCAGCAGCAGCAGCAGCAGCAGCAGCAGCAAAGGAGAGGGGUCGGCAGAUGGGGCAACCGGACAGGAAUCAUUGUCAUCUUCAGCAGCAGCCGGAGCAGAAUCAGACACAGAAGCACAGGAUGACACCUCCCCCGGACACACCCUCUCCCUGGCAACCCCCUCCCUCAACCGAGUCCAGCUGGUUGUGCAAGCUGCCGUGCCCACCAGCACAGCUCAGUUUGUGCGUAUAGACGUGACUGAGCAGGAAGCAGGAGAUCCCGAGCACGUGCACGCACUCAGGUCCACGAUUCAGCAGGUGAGGCGCGAUGCGGACAACAGGCACGAGGCGCGGGUGAUGCAGCAGGACGUGCAGAGGGAUGUGGAGCCUCAGGUGCAGCACUGGGUGCGCAAGCACAGGGCGGGUGCACCUGGUGCUGUGCCGCUGGUGUUUCGUGUGUGGCCUGACACUGAUGCCAUGCCUAGGGAGAUCGUUGCUAAGAAAGGGUCGACACCGUAUGGGGAGUGGGCGGGUGAGGGGUGGGGGGGGUCUGGCUGGGGUGGUGGGAAGCGGGAGGGAGAGGAGUUGAGGCGGGAGAGGGAGAGCAGGAAACCGAAGCAUCUUAUACGGUCAGACGAGGUAUUCUUUGUGGAGGACGCGGAGAGGGCAGUAGAGGAGCUGGGGUAUGCGGGGUACCGGGCACGGGUGGUGCCGAUUUUGUCGCAUGAGUGCCGGGAGAAGAGGAGGGAGGAGGGCCUGUGUGGGUACGAUGAGCAACUGGUGGAAUAG